AACAAUUCGAUUUAUCAACAACCGUAUCCUCAUUCAUAUUUAGACACAACAAAUGAUAUAUAUCCAGCCACAAAAAUAGGCGAAAAGUCGGAUGUUGGACAGUACAAAGAGUCAUUGUGCUAUUAAGAUGAUUCACUGCAGCGUCUCUGCAUUGGUGAAGAGUGCUUUGCUAAAACUUUACUCAAAAUUGAAGAGUUGUUUUCUGAGCUGUAAGAUAUCUUGACCGAUAAACAUAUUGCAAAUAUUUCCAUCAUUGUGCUGUUGACAUAAGAACAAGGAGUGUAAUGUGUCUGUCAUAGAUGGAAGUCGGCAAGAGUGGAUGAUUCUAUUGUAUGAUUUGGACAACAAUGGGAAAAUAACCAGAGGUAAAGCUCAGUAUCGACAGAAGACCAUCUCUUAAAGUUUUAUGUAUUUUUUAAGCAAUCAUUGAGCUAUUGAGUUUCUCUUGUGGUGUUUGUUGCAGAAUAUGUUGAGCCUGAUGCAGUCGAUCUGUGAAGUGGUUGAGACGUCAGUCAAACAGCUGGUGCUUAGCAAUGGUACAACCCUGCGUGUGAAGCUGAGUGUCACUCCAUUAACCAGCAGAAAAGUGUUACUCACAUUCAAUGGAGGAUGCAAUACGGUCUGCAGAGAGCCUUCAAUAUCAGAUCAGACAACUGAACUUGGAUCACUUGGGUGUUUCAGAGAGGAAGCACUACUCCGAUGAAAACACAGGACGUAGGAAUCACUAUCUGGAUCUGGCUGGAAUUGAGAACUAUACUUCUCAAUCUGAAGGAAUCUUGAAAAUAAGGCUUAAAAAUAUAUUUAUUUUACAAUUACGUUUGAUAAAGUCAGGCGACUUAAUUCAACACAAUUCUCAAUGGGUAACCCAGAAAAUACCAAAUUCUUCCUACAGCAACAGAAUGGAACCAUUGAUGGUCACACGUAAGAGACUUCUUUUUUUCUUUCAAGCCAUCCCAAAUCUAAUUGCUGUUUAACCUCUGUCUGUUAUUCAUGAGAGUAUGAGACAGCUGCUUCUAUAAAUAACUAACCCCCUUUUGAUUAUCCCCCUACAUGCCCUCGCUCAGCACUCUUCUGUUCUUGGGUUGACACACAUGUAUAUGUUGGCUGAAAGAGGGCAGAAGAAACACUCCACAUCUCCUAUAGGCUGACAGUUUCAAGAAGACUCCCUGAUCUUUAGAGCUGACAAACACAGCCAUGAAGACCUUGAAGUUCCUAGCAGCUGAGGGCUUUGUUCAAACCGGCCCAAAUGCAUGUAAGGACCUCCAGUACUUGUCAUUCAAUCUCUACCCAAUCCUCUUCAAAGCCAGCUAUCUGCGUGAAGAGGCCUCAGUGCUCCACGACUUGGUCCAGAGAUGGCCUCUGAUAGAGCUCAACCUGCGCAAACUACUGGGCAGGACAGUGGACUGUCCAGAUGAUCUCACGUCCCGCACCUGCAGGCUCUGUCUGGAGGCCAUUCUCACAGGUCUGAGGGACUAUGUGAUUCAAGCUCCAAACCUGUAUAAAAAAAUGCUACGUGUGGUGGAUCUAAAUGGUCUGCAAGACAUAGAACACCAGGUCUGUCCCUGCAGAUGGACUCUUGGCCGUUGGGCACGAACUGAACUACUUACCCGCAUGUGCUUCGAGACUAUGGUGUCCAUGCAGGCCGGGCAAGCAGCACCUUCAGCGUUUGAUGUGGAGGUAGAUGUCCGCUUGGAUGCUUUUGUUACUGGACGGAACUACGAGAUGGUGGCUCAGGCUGUGUUGCUGCACAGACAUUGCCCGUUAAAACUGAACUUCAUAAGCCUGCGUGUGGACUCACUGAGCUUCAGGAACCUCUUUUACCUCCUAAAGCUGGUGGAGUCACAUAGCCUGCAGAAGCUGGAAGUGGUGCACAAUGUACAUCUGGACGCUCCACACAUUGAGAUACUGCUCUCCCAGCUGAAGUUCCCUCAGCUGCGCUCAAUCACGCUUCCUGCUCAGACUUUGAAUGUACACAGGUUGGCUCUGGAAGACGAAGGCCUCAUGGGAGUUUUGGGUGAGCUGAUGAGCAAACUGACUGACCUGAGAGAGCUCUGUCUGGGGUUCUCCACUCUUACAGGGCAUCUGAGGAAGCUGCUGAGUCCACUGAACACUCCGCUGCAGUGUAUCGAGUUAGCGAACUGCAGUCUUAACGAACUGGACAUGGCCUACUUCGCCAACAGCCUGCACAGUGAGCACAUAGUAAAGCUGGACCUGAGUGGUCAUGAGUUAGGUGACCUCUUCCCCAACACCUUCCGGAAGCUUCUGCAUCGCUGUUGUGCCACACUCACUAGUGUAGGUCUGGAGGAGUGUGGACUGGAUGAUGACAAACUGGAUCUGCUCACCCAGGCACUGACACCCUGUCACAGGCUAGAGGAAUUGAAGAUCCUGGGUAAUCCGCUGAGCACAGCUGCUCUGCACAAUCUUUUUAAUAUGCUGGCUCUGGGUUUUCCUGCGUUGAGAUAUGUUGAGCUUCCCGUCCCUCGUGAUUGUUAUCCUGAAGGUGUAACCUACCCACUGGAUGAAAGCGAGCUAAUAAAUUACGACAGGGAGAAGUUCCAGCAAGCCAGAAGCGAACUUAUUGGCAUUCUAGAGAAGGAGGGGAAAGGACAUAUAGAAGUUUGCACGCCAUUAUUCGGAGCCUAUGAUCCUGACAUCAAUGAGACGAACAAUGAGCUGGGAGUCUCCAUGCUGCACUCCUUCAGCGGUGUCUUAGACAACUUCAUUGACACGGUCAACAGUGUUGCCCAACGGAGAGAGCAACACACGGAGUGAGACCGUUCAAAUGAAUGAGAAAUUAUAAAUUGUUAAUAGUUAAGAAAAUCUGAUAAUAUGCAGUUAUGGCCUGGAUUUUAUAAUGUAAUGUUGAAACGCUAUAGUUAUAUUUCUUUCCACAGGAAAACAUACAUUUAUGGCGGUGUAAAGCAUUAAUAGUACUUGAAUGCCAUUAAAUACCAUGCAGAAUUUA